UCUCUCUAGCUUCUCACCCCUUCGACUCUGUGUGUGUAAAGCUGCGAAAAUGCUGUGGGUCGACAAGUACCGACCGAAAACCUUAGACAAGAUCAUGGUUCACGAAGAUAUCGCUCUGAAUAUCAAGAAGCUUGUCACUGAGCAGGAUUGCCCACAUCUGCUGUUCUAUGGACCUCCUGGUUCUGGAAAGAAAACCCUAAUCAUGGCUCUACUCAGACAAAUGUUUGGCACCAGUGCUGAGAAGGUGAAGAUAGAGAAUAAGACAUGGAAGAUCGAUGCUGGAAGCAGAACUCUUGAUCUAGAGCUGACUACAUUAUCAAGCACCCACCAUGUCGAACUAAAUCCUAGUGAUGCAGGUUUUCAGGAUAGAUACAUUGUUCAAGAGAUCAUCAAAGAAAUGGCAAAGAAUAGACCAAUUGAUACCAAAGGGAAGAAGGGGUUCAAAGUAUUAGUGCUGAAUGAGGUUGACAAGCUCUCAAGGGAAGCCCAGCAUUCACUCCGAAGAACAAUGGAGAAAUAUAGUUCAUCAUGCCGGUUAAUUCUAUGCUGCAACAGUUCCUCGAAGGUCACUGAGGCAGUUCGCUCUCGUUGUUUAAAUUUGAGGAUAAAUGCUCCAAGAGAUGAGCAGAUUAUUAGGGUACUGGAAUUUAUUGGCAAGAAGGAAGGCCUACAACUUCCACCUGGAUUCGCUGCCCGUAUAGCGGCUCAAUCAAACCGGAGUUUAAGAAGGGCCAUAAUGUCAUUUGAAACUUGUCGGGUUCAACAGUAUCCUUUCACAAGUAAUCAAAUAAUACCACCCAUGGAUUGGGAGCAAUAUAUUUCUGAAAUAGCAUCUGACAUAAUGCAAGAGCAGAGCCCUAAAAGGCUGUUUUUGGUUCGAGGGAAGCUAUAUGAACUAUUGGGUAAUUGUAUUCCUCCAGUAAUUAUUUUGAAGAGACUACUUUCGGAAUUAUUGAAGAAGUUGGAUGCUGAACUGAAACAUGAGGUCUGCCAUUGGGCUGCAUAUUAUGUAAGACUGUGUCUAAUGGUUUACCUCCAGGAACAUAGAAUGCGUCUUGGGCAGAAAGCAAUAUUUCACAUUGAAGCAUUUGUGGCCAAAUUUAUGAGCAUCUAUAAAGGAUUCCUCAUUGCAACAUUCGGGUGAAGAGUAAGAAGACCCAAAAAUUCUGCCCCGGACUUUCAAAUUCAAAUAUCUUAUGCAUCCAAUAUCAUAUGUACUUUGUGCCAUUGGCAAGUUUCCUUUGAUAUAUCUCUAAUUGUGACAAUUUCUCUCCCUUGCAUUUGGAAGAGCAGUGUCUCUAAGAUUGGAAUCGAUCUUUUCUAUUGUU